AUGUCUUCUCCCGUCGACAACUCCGUCUUCCUCUCCCUCGCCCCCACCACCUCGUCCUCCUACCCCUUCAGACAGCAACAGACCGCCGCCGUCACCGAGCCGGCAGCCCUGAAGCGCCGCACCUCGAGCGUGAGCAGUGACGGCCGCAAGGAGGGCGCCGCUGCCGCCCCUACCGCUCCCACCGGCCUGCGCUUUCUCAAGCUCGGUCCCGUCCACUAUGGCGAGCACCCCGACGAGCACAAGUCUGACUGGAACCCUGCUCUCCUGGGCUAG